AUGUCGCGCAUUAGUCCGACCUCGUCACCCAAUCUGACAGAAGGUUACCCGGUGACAAACCUGACUUUGGUGGUCCUUCUGCUCAUCCCCUGCGUGGUCAUCCUGCUGCUGCUCAACUGCCUGUUCCUGGGCUACAAGUUCCUCAUCCUGUCGAAGGGCAGCAGCGGCAGACCGCAGCGGGAGGACGCGGAGGAGAUGCUCCUGCAGUCCGGCCUGCACAGGGUCGGGAGGGCGUCCGACUCGGCCUUUCCCCCGCUGCAGGACGGGAGGAGAGUCUACGUGUCCGUGUCGGAGCCCAUCCUGCCGCACCCCGUCACCUCCUCCAGGGCCUCGUCCGGGGAGAGGGCCGGGGUGGAGCAGAGGAUCCGGCUCCUGAGGCCGGACGGCGCCACCGGCUCGGGGUCCCUGAGGGCCCCGAGCACCAUCAGGGCCACUUCCCCCGCGGGAGGGUUCAGCCCCAGGCUGGAUCUGGCCUGCGGAUCGCGGACACACGGCGUUGGCAAAGCCCGCUGGUGCAGGAGCGCACCGCUUCUACCGCAGUCCAGCGACUCGGAGGCUGAAACCAGAGUCAACCUGGUUCCGCCAAACUCUCCCAUGCAGGAGACGGAACAUGUGGGUUUUAUUUAUCGGAGCAGUGCCUAUGAGAUGCUGACAGAUGUGAAUCCAGCUGCCGCAGUGUACGUGUUUGACAAAGUAGACAUGGAGUGCGAGUACAACAGCCGUCCCUCUGAGACGUCCUGCCUCAACACAUCUGCAGUGGGUCCUGGACUCGACAGCGACUUUGGUGCAAGUGCAGGUGUCUCCCUGCGGAUCUUGUCAGCAGACAGUGACGGUCUGUCCAACGGUGUGCAGGGUUCAGCCUUGGAUUGGGAUUAUUAUGACCCCUGCUACGUCAAACAGAAUAGUGUGCCCAAACAUAAGCACCACAGGCCGGCAGUUCACACCAAACAGUACUGGGUCUGA